AUGAAUAAAUCGGUGAAUGAAACAACAUAUACAACAAUAACUAGUAUCCCCUGCAAUCACAUUCAUCAAAGAGAAGCGUAUAGAAAAACUAAAGUCCAGUCGGCAAGUAAAGAGAAUUCUUCGCCUAAAAAACAUUCGCAUACGAUUCCUAUACCAUCUCCUCAUCAAUCUAUACCAUUCGAGAAAACAUCUCCCAGUUUAUUCAAUACCUUUCAAAGCUUGUCUUUUCCUGAUGUUCCAUCAAAUAACGACGACUACGAAGAUGUUCCAACACUUUCAGAUGAAUAUACAACAACCGCCAAUGCUCAUAACGAACAAUUCCAAGCAAUAAAAGCACAAUUUCAGACAUAUUUGAAUGACAUCGAGUCGAAUAGUUUAUCACGUGUCAUUCAUCUACUUUCGUUCUACAAUCAUUUCAAUAAUGAGCAAAUCCAAACUGUUUUGCACCAUAUUGGACAAACGAAUGUGAAUACUAAUGAUAUCAAUCGACUUCUAAUGAACGAUAGACGAAUGUUUGUUAAUGAACAAUUUCCGAAUCUUCGAACAAUACUAAAUGAACAUAAGAAAGGCAAAGAUUGA